AAGACGCUCCAGAGCAUCUCGCUAUUGGCCUACCUCCACGAGACGCGGGGCAUCACGGGCCCCCACAUCUGCAUCGUGCCCAAGAGCGUGACGAACAACUGGAUGCGCGAGCUCCGGAAGUGGUGCCCGACGCUCCGGCCCGUGAAGCUCCUAGGGUCCAAAGACGAGCGCGCGCGCGUGCUCCGCGAGGACCUGCGCCCGGGCACCUUCGACGUCCUCGUGACGUCCUACGAGGGCAUCCUCAAGGAGAAGGCGGGCCUCAUGAAGAUCCAGUGGCAGUACCUCCUCAUCGACGAGGCGCACCGCAUCAAGAACCCGAAUUCGUCGUUGUCGAAGAUCGUGCGCCUCAUCCCGACGCAGUUCCGCCUCCUCAUCACGGGCACGCCCCUCCAGAACAACCUCAACGAGCUCUGGGCGCUGCUCAACUUCCUCCUGCCCGACAUCUUCGCGUCCGAGGCCGACUUCGAGACGUGGUUCAGUCUGGGCGACGCGGACGCGAAGGACAACGUCGUCAAGAAAUUACAUACCGUGCUCCGGCCCUUCAUGCUCCGGCGCAUCAAGAAGGACGUCGAGAAGGACCUGCCCCCGAAGCGCGAGGUCAAGCUCUACAUCGGCAUGACGGAGAUGCAGCGCCUCUGGUACACGAAGAUCCUCUCCAAGGACGCGCACACGCUCAACGCGCUCGGCGGGCCGGACCGCGUCCAGCUCCUCAACAUCCUCAUGCAGCUCCGCAAGGUCUGCAACCACCCCUACCUCUUCGAGGGCGCCGAGCCCGGCCCGCCCUUCAUGGACGGCCCCCACCUCUGGGAGAACACGGGCAAGCUCGUGCUCAUGUCCAAGCUGCUCCCGAAACUCAUGGCGCAGGACUCGCGCGUCCUGAUCUUCUCCCAGAUGACGCGCAUGCUCGACAUCCUCGAGGACUAC